CAGCAAGUCUUACCUACCAAUCUACCGUGCCCGAAUUCCUGGCGUAUUAUACCCGCGAAUUCGACGGGGGCGAAUUGGGCUUAAAUUGGACAAGAUAUAUGCUAAAUGCGUAGUCAUGCUAAAUUUCUUCUCGAAGUGGCAUCAUGGUGUUCUUAAAUUUCCUACGGGACUUGCUUUUCAUUCAGAGGAGUGAUUUGGCCUUAUUUUGAAGAAAUGGCGUCAAUCUCGGUAUUUACACCUGUCAUUGGAUGCACUGAUUGCAUCGCCAAAUCACCCUCAAAUCAGGAAUUUAAUUCCAAUACCGCGCAACCUGUUGAUCAGAUUCCGCUGUGCCCCGAACUUGGUCUAAUCGACGAUGAAGGGUUGUUUGUUCUGCCACCAGAGGACGCGGAUGAGGCAAGUAACGACGAGUUAGAAAAUGAAAAAUCAUCCUGUGCUUCUAUCAAACAUUCCAUUGCUAACUCACUUGAUCGUGUUAGUGACACUUCCUCGAUACGAAGUUUCACUACUAGCCAAAAACACAAGAAAAGGAAAAAACGCGCGUACACAGUAAACCUUUCAAAUUGCAAAUACGAGUCAGUUCGACGCGUUUUGCGAAGAUUCGGAUUUCGAGAAGUGGAAGAAGACGAGGAUUGGAAUCUUUACUGGACCGAUUAUUCCGUUUCACUCGAUCGGGUAGUUGUGAUGAAAGCCUGGCAGAAAAUCAACCACUUCCCUGGUAUGUCCGAAUUGUGCCGCAAGGAUUCUCUGGCUAGAAAUCUCAAUCGUAUGGCGAAAAUGUUCCCCAAAGACUAUGCAAUCUUCCCCAAGACAUGGUGCUUGCCAUCUGAUUGGAAUGAGUUGCAAAACUAUGCCCGCAAGCGAAAGUCGAAGACAUAUAUUUUCAAACCAGAUACAGGUUGUCAGGGUCGGGGAAUCUACUUGACGAAAUCGGUCAAAGACAUGCGACCAAUGGAUAACAUGAUUUGCCAGGUGUAUCUCUCCAAGCCGUUCGUUAUAGAUGGAUACAAAUUUGACUUGCGCCUCUACAUUCUGCUGACCUCUUGCGACCCCCUUCGGAUGUUCAUGUUCAAAGACGGUCUGGUGCGCUUCACCACAGUGCAAUACGCCGAUCCUAACAACCGGAAUGUGAACAAUUUGUACAUGCACCUGACCAAUUAUGCACUGCAAAAGCACAGCAACGAGUAUAUUCGGGACGACGAGGAGGGUGGCACAAAGCGCCGGGUGACCACAUUGAACCGAUGGUUCCGAGAAAAUGACUAUGAUUUGCAAAAGAUUUGGGCGGACAUUGAUGACGUAAUCAUCAAAACAGUGUUGUCUGGUUACGCUGUUCUUCGUCACAAUUACCGUACCUGCUUUCCCAACCAUGUGCAGACGUCAGCGUGUUUUGAAAUUUUGGGAUUCGACAUUAUGCUGGACCAUAAGCUGAAGCCAUACAUACUAGAGGUGAACCAUUCGCCAAGUUUUAGCACAGAUAGCAAGUUGGACAAAGAGAUCAAAGAGGCUAUGUUGUGGGACACGCUGCAGCUAGCACAUUUCAGCAUGAUAAGCAAGAAAAAGUGUAUGGAGGACGAACGGAAACGAAUUAGAAGUCGACUGCUGCAAAAGACUGUUCGGAAGGAUGUCCGAGAGACGAACGAGAAAGAUCUCGCUCAUUUCAACGAGGUUGCAGAGAAGUAUGAAAGAAAUCAUCUGGGAAACUAUCGAAUGAUAUACCCACCUGCAGACAAGGAGAAAUACGAGAAGUUUCUCAAUCCGCAUGCAAUGUUUUAUCAAGAGACUGUAACCUACAAGGUGCGGAGCGAAUGUGCUCGCCAAAUGCGAGAGGAAAUCAAGAUGAAACAAGAGAAGCUGGACGCAUUGCAACACAAGGGCAAACCUAUUGGUCCCGAAAGCCCAGCCCCGAAAAAGCUGGCAUCCAGAUCGAUGACCGUCAGAUCAAAAUCGCAGACCGUAUCGGGUGCUGAACGCCGCCUUUUGCACCCCAACCCACUUCAUGAGGCCCAACGUCCUUGGGGCGAUCAAGAAUUUGCAUCUGAUUUAGUCACGGAAACAGUCAACUUAGCCCAGGCUGGCGAUGCGCGUGCCUCCUGGGAAGCCCAACCAAUUGUGGCCGAGGAAGAAGAGUCCCGUUUGGAGGCACUAAGGCAACGUGAAAGACUGAUGCAUGCAGUCGGUUUGGUCGAGGCCAUACACCGCCUGUUGGCUGGAAGCUCCGGAGUAAUAUCUACCAUCGGUGCCUCAGUGCGCGCAAAAAUGCCACGGAAUAUGGGCGAAAUGCACCGACAAUGCCAAAAGCCGAUUUCAAGCAAUGUCUCUUUAGACAAAACACAAACGAAGACAAUCGUUAUGUCAGUCCACCCUGGAUUCAAUGCGGCGGUGAGUACGGUCAAACGGUAGAAACAAUCACGAAGCCGUCGGCUGAUCCCUGCAACCAGUCUAACUUUGAGUAAUCGAGUACCCUGGUUGGAUGAGGCGGUGGCUUUGAGCGAGGGUGGCGCUACGGAACCACGUGACCACAAUAAUUGACCAAACACUUGGAGUGAUCCAAACUGUUCGUUAUGUUAUGUGCUCUGCUCUGCGAUCUAUUGAAAAAUACAGAACAGAUUGCAGCAGUGU